UCAAAAGGAGAAAAGAUGGCAGAAAACGAUGAUCUCCUGCAUCCUUGUCAAUGGCUGUAGUGCACACAAAAACCGCGAGAUGGCGUCAGUGCACGUGACAACAACAACAGCUGUGUUAUGAAUUAUGCAGCAGUUUACAGAGGAACCCCCCGGGUUUUUCUGUAGAUCCGGAUCCAGGUUAGGGUCUCUGAAAUUGAAAGUAUUUUCCAUGGCUUUUCGGUAGCGAGUAUGUAGUACAUGUGUAUCUGGGAGUCCAAGUCGGUGUCUUCGAGUUGCAGUAAACGUAGGUCAACAGCCAAACCAGCAUGCAGGCCAACACUGAGGUACCAAAGAUGGAUGACUCUGGUAUCCCUGUCCAGGCAAAGCGGAAGCCUGGACGACCCGCCACCCUUUCCCCGUUGGAAAGACAACAGAAAAGAAAAGACAAGUUUAAAAGCCGGGUGUUUUUACUUGACACCUUUGCGGAGUGGAGAGAUGUACAGAAGAAGCUGCAACUGAAAAGCGACCGGGAACUCGCCCGCCUAUUGUUGGACAGAUAUUCCAGCAGCACUCAAAGUACCCGGAAAACACUUGUACUGGAGCGCGGGUUACUGACCAUGUGGAACAACAUCAUGGCUGCCAAGGGCUUCAGCGACGACAUGGAGUUUCUGUGGUUCCUGCUAACUGUAGGAGCCGAGAGUUCCAGCCAAGGUUGGCCUGGUGUGAGUAGUACGACAAGUAUGGCGCCAGGACAAGGGGCUGCUCGCAGAACCCCACAAAAGCAGACGAGCUCGAACAAAUGUGUGCCCGUAAAAGUUGACUAUGUUGGGCCGGGUCGUAUGGUGGCAGGCCCCAGCCGUCAGGCAAAUCCUGAGUCGGUCGUCCCGGCAGUCGCGUACCGUCCACCCAUCAGAAAGAACAGCAACAGUACUACAGUCACGGCUGCCCUCGCUGCUGACAGACGUGUACCGGCUGUAGAAGGUGAUGGGCAUGCUAACGACGGAUCACUAACGGACACCGACACGGCGUCCGAAUCGGAGCAGCAUUGUGAAGGUCUUCCUGUUAAGAAGGAAAAUGAACCAGACCCUGGUAACUGUACUAAAACCAGUUCUACAUCUCAGCUUAGCUUCGGUACAGCUGACACUGAGGAGGAGGAAGAGAUCGACCGUGAUAAUCAUGAUGACGCAAACCUAACGUCUCAGCCAAGCUCUGUCACAGUUGGUCCUCGUGAUAUGAAGGAGGAGGAUGCAUUCGAGACAGACCUUGUUGAUUACCAUACUAACACCAGUAACGUUACAUGUCGGCUGGGCUUUGGCACAGAGGAUAAUGCAGAGAAUAGCUUUGACGACGGUGGUAAUACCAACCUCACUGUUGCCAAAGCUGGAGAGGAAAGAGUACCAGAAGAUGGCGAUUACUUUGAUGAAGAAGGCGAGGAAGAUUUUACACCUUCAGAAGACGAUGGAAAUGGUGACCAAAGUGAUGAUUCAUGGCACCCACCAUCAGAAAGGAAAAAAAUCACCAAAGCCACCAAAGGAUCAGCUGACACUAGUAACAGUGAAGAUGCAUCCGUGGAAAGGGAGGGCAAGCCAAAAAAGCAGUUGGUUUGUGAAUGUGGGGAAACCUUCGACUCUCAAUCGCUGUACUACAAACAUAAGAUAGAGGCCCAUCCCAGAAUCUGUGAAAUCUGCAACAAAAAGUUUCCUACGGCAAACGCGUUAAACGUGUGUCGACGGACACACAUGUCUGACGAAGAGAAAGCAAACUUAAGUGAAAGGGACAGCCUGUCUUUCUGCGAUCUCUGUCGAACGUUUUUCUCGACCAGGAAACUAAAAAAGCACAUUCGACUCGUACACGGUGGGCUAAAAGUACGCUGCUCCAGCCAGAGAGAUGGUGAGUUGGAAGGCAGCAAUCCUGUCUUUAAAAGGAGAAGAAAAAGUAGAAUGAAAUCGGGGGAUAAAGUCCCCAAUAAAGUCCCCAAGAAGCGUGAGCGUGUCCCAUGUACAUGGGAAGGCUGUGAGAAAACGUUUGCUUUCCGCAGGGACCUGACAACACAUCUGGUGUCGCACACGGGCAAACGUAGCCACCUGUGCUCGUACUGCGGCCAGAUGUUCCUGAGACUGGACCACCUGAAGGUUCACCUGCGGAUUCACACGGGGGACACACCCUUCAGGUGUGAACUGUGCAGCUACAGCGGGCGUCAGUCCAACUGUCUCAAGUGGCACAUGAAGACCCACCACCCGGGAUACUGUCAGGAGCCAGGUGACGGGAACAGUGCAGAGCCAACAGAAGACACAUUGGACACUGCUGGAGACCUCUCUGAUAAUGUAAAGGAAAGUGAUCUCGGUCCAGUUUUUCAACCCCUGUGAAGAUCUAAUCUCUGGUCAAAACAGAGAAAACAGAUGCUUUGUACUGUAUUAACAGGCUUAUUGUACCUCAGUGUAUUGCAAAGGUGGAGAACCAACCAAAAGAUUUUGGUACAGAGAAAAGAAUAUUAGGGACAUCAAAAAAGGCUGAUGACACAGAAACUAAUACCUAUCUGUUAUAAACAAUAUCACAAGGUUGCAGAAAAGAACAAACUUGUACAUAGAGGAGAGUGUGGUACUAAGUAGACAGUUGAGAACACUUUGUAUUUACUUCAAUUUUCACCAUAGUGACGUAGUUCCAUGGUGACGUAGUUCUAGGAAAGAAGCUUUUCAGCGUGCAACUGCCCUAGUGAGCAACUGCCCUAAGGAAUUCUGAAAAUAUUGCACCACAAACUCUUCAAACAAAAGAUUGACAGCAACAUUCAUUAUUUUUAGCAGCAGCGAUAUGGGAUCAUGCACAUGAAAACAUUACAGUAUAUACCUCCACACAUGGUAUACUGGU